AUCAUCAUUCUUCCUCGGCUCUCCUUGGAUCGCUUUGCGGAGCGAAGACGAAGGCGCAGCGAGCAGUCGAUGGCGGCGGAUCGUAGGGUCGGGGUGGCGAUGGACUUCUCGCCGUGCUGCAAGGCGGCGCUCCGGUGGGCGGUGGAGAACGUGGUGAGGGACGGCGACCACCUCGUCGUGGUCAACGUCCAGAAGGAGGGCUGCUAUGAAGAGGGCGAGAUGCAGCUCUGGGAGACCACCGGAUCUCCAUUUAUCCCACUGAUAGAAUUCUCUGACCCUGGAAUUGCAAAGAAAUACGGGGUGAAGCCUGAUGCUGAAACUCUGGACAUUCUCAAUACUGUAGCCAGGCAAAAGGAGAUUGUUGUUCUGAUGAAGAUCUACUGGGGAGAUGCACGCGAAAAGAUAUGUGAAGCAAUUGAUACCAUUCCUCUGAGCUGUUUGAUCAUUGGGAAUAGAGGGCAUGGGGGGAUUAAGAGGCUGCUGUUGGGUAGUGUGAGUAACCAUGUGGUGAACAAUGGUACCUGCCCAGUCACAGUUGUCAAGGGUGUUGAUCAUUAAAACUAGUUCAUCUGCUUCUUCCACGAGGACCCCACGCCCUGCUGUGUUGUCGUGCUUAUAGAACUUGCCAUCACCUUCCUCUAAUAAAAAUGGUGGUGUCUGAUGAGCAUGUACUUGUAACUUACAAUGUGUAUUACUUUUUCUGUUGACCGGAUACUGUGACAAGUCUGCUGUCCAGUUUUUCGGAAAUAAUCAUCUGAGGUUUCAUGA